GCCAUGCUUUAAAUAAUGAAUUUGUUUGCACUUUGUUUGCACACUGUGGUGGUUUAAGUGUGAAUUCUGGCAGCUCCACGCGCUCCACUGAGUUCUACUGUAGUUCCUGUCCACAAAAAUGUAAUUUUAUUUCUGACAAUGUCCGCGUAAAGUGUGGACAUACUUAAUAUUUAUUUUUAAGUACGAAAAUUAACCUUUCACCUAAAAAACAAAGAAACACGAAUCGAAUUAAAAGAACCAUUUGUUGGUUCAGACGGCGGCACGUGCGCACCGGAAAGUAACGCGAACAGCAGCUAACAAGAUUAACGAGGUAAAACACAAAAGUGAUAAAUAUCAGUGACUAGAAGCUAAUGUGCUGGUUAACUGACCUUCCCAAUUUCUGUUCAUUUCAGGUAAACGGGAGGAAAAAACAGUCAGUGCGUUGCGCGUCGUCGCUCCGAGCGGUUUUGAUCAUUUGACAGAUGCUGCUGCUGCGAGCAUGCUGUCGGUGUCAGACUCCAGACAUCAAAAAUCACAUGAUCCAGGUCCCUCUGCACCAGGUGUCCUCUGGUCCGUGGACCUCAAGUUAACUCAUUUAGACUGGAACCCUGAAGCAAAUCUUAUCCACUUCCAAGGAGAGUACCUUACCAUCUGUGACCUUGAUUAUACUAUCUUGCAAGGUGAAAUACAGAACACACCAAAGACGAAAGCUUCUGUAGAGAUUGGAGAGUUUUGCCUGGUUGAAGAUUUAACGUCAGCCCGCUGGUACAGAGGCAGGAUUCACAACAGAAGACAAGACUUGUUUGAUGUGUUCCUCAUUGAUCAUGGGAAUGUGUUGAGUGUUGACAUCAGCCAGUUGUCUUCCUGUUCGAGGGCUCUGUUCACUCUGCCUCCCAAGAUUGUGUGUGGGUUCCUUGCAAAUGUUCUUCUGUUUCAAGGUUGUUCCCAUUCUGUAGUGGAGGACUAUUUUACAAGUAAAAUUGGAAAAAGCAUCACAGGAUACAUCCAAGCCAUUCUUCCCUAUAAAGUUCUAAUACUGGAAACACCCGACAUCAACAAUGAGGUUGCGGGACUUGGUUUUGGGAGGCACAUGGACAAAGACACUUUCCUCCUGCUGGUUGAGAUCCUCACAGAGGUGCUACUUGAGCCAAAUACAGAACAGAUUCCUGACUCAAGAGGACUGGAAUUUUACAGAAAAUCCAGUUUACAUGGAUAUGAAAACAUCCUUUCAUUCUGUGGGCCUCGGUUGAUUUGUGGGACAAAUUGUAAAGUGAGAGUAACUGCUGCUGUCAAUCCCGGACUGUUCUACUGUCAGCUGGUCUGUGUUGAAGAAGAACUUAAGGCGUUGUCACAAAAGUUGUCUCGAGUUUCUGAGUGCAGAUCCAGAUUCUGCAACCACAAACCUCCAGAAAAUGUGGGUCCACUCUGUUUAGUUAAAGGCAAAGAUGAGAAGUGGUACAGAGGCUUUGUGCAGUUUCUCCCGGUGAACUCUCAAGUCCGUGUGUUGUUCAUUGACUACGGAUUCUAUGAAUUGGUCAGUGUUGAAGACAUUCAUAGAUUGCCUUUGGAUUUUUGUUCCACACCAAUCAUGGCUUUCCCAUGCUCACUGUUGUCCACGACUGACAUGGUAGCAAAAAGUGAGCAGUUGAGUUUCCUCAAAACAAGUUUGCUUGGAGGUGUGUUGAAUGUAGAGAUAAUUAGUUUUGAUGAAGACCGGCACCUGUACACAAUCAGAGUACUAAGCACCAAAGAUGAUCAUCAGAAGGAGCCAGAACCAAAACUUCGCAGAGUUGAAACAGAGUUUGAGCCGGAGCUUCCAUCCCGUCAGGGUGGCUUUUUACAUUAUGAGACUGUUAUCACGGAGGCAUUUGCUAAAACGAUUGAAGCUGAAAAGGUGCAGGUAGGCUCUCCAUUUGUCGGGUAUGUGGAGCAUGUCGACAAUCCUAACAGAUUCUGGAUUAGAACACAAAAACGCAAUGACGAAUUUGAAGAAAUGAUGAAAAAAAUGACAGAUAUUAAACUGGAUGAAGAGGUGCUGGAGAAUCCUCAACCUGGGACUCUCUGCGCUGCACUGUAUGAGAAAGACAUGCAUUUCUACAGGGCUGUGGUGACGGACACACUUCAGUAUGGCUCUGAAGUGCUCUUCAUUGAUUUUGGAAACAUUGAGAAAGUUCCAACCAUGCUGAUCAAGAAAAUUCCAGAGGCGUGUGCCAGCAAUUCUGGAUUUGCUCUUUGUUGCACACUCAAUAAAGUUUUUCCUGUGUGUGACAUCUGGACAAGCACAAAUAAUGACUUUUUCAGGCGACUUGUGUCAAACAAAGCUCUGCUAGUACACAUUGUGAAAGUGACAAAGUACACACUUGUUGUUGAUCUAUAUGAGAUGGGAGGUCACAGUCAGAGUAUAACUGAACCGCUGAUUGCAGCGAAACAAGCAGCGUGCUGGACAGCCAGGGACGGUCCAAGAAAAAAUGUCAGCACGGACAUUAGCGGAGUUACGGUGCAGGUAAAUGAUUGCAAGCAAAAGAGUGAGAAUGAUGCAAAGUUCUCAUGGGAAGUGAACCCAUCCAAAAAUCUAUCAGCAAAAGCCAAACCUGUUUGUUUCAAACCUUUAAGCAUCAAACCUGGCAGUGAGUUUGCUGUCCGAUGCUCUUACUUCAACUCCCCAGCAGAUUUCUGGUGCCAGCCUCUAAGCACAGCUCCAGCAUUCGAGGAACUGAUGACUAAUAUUCAGCAGCACUACACAAGUCACACAACGCCCUUACAGUCUGGAGAGUCAUGCUGUAUUGUCAAGUCACCUCAGGAUGGAAGGUGGUACAGGGCCUUCAUUAUAGGCAAAGAGGAAUGCCGUGGCCAGGUCAUGCUGGUUGACCUCGGCAUGACCAUUCAAAUCGAAGAGGGCGCGCGUCAAGCAAUAAUUCCAGAAUAUGUGGAACUGGAAGAACAAGCUUUCAGAUGCAGCCUGUACAAUCUAAUCGAACCUGUUGACCCAGAGAGGUGUGGGGAGUGGGGAUCUGACUUGUGUAGCUCACUGGAAAAUUUUGUCAAAGACAGCAGCAUCAGUCUAACAUGCAAAGUUACAUCUCAGCUGAAUGUGAAACACAAAGGGCUGUGCAAUGUUGUGAAUCUGUGCAACACCAAAACUCAGCAGAGCAUAACAGACGUGCUUGUGGAACAGAGUUUGGCAAGAGAGGUAAGACUCUCAACAAAGCGAUUGCUGGAUGGGUUUCCCGAGUCUUUUGUCUACUCUUCAUUUGACUUGAGCAUUGGGAGUGAAGAGCAAGUUUUCAUCACUCACGUUAGCAGCCAGUGGGAGGUCUACUGCCAGCUUGAGAGAAAUGGUGACAUAUAUGAAGCGAUCGAAAACAAAAUCUUAGAAGAAAGAGAUAAAAUGUUGCAAGACUGUAGUAGAGUUGCAGUGCAAAAGAUGUGCCUGGCAAAAUACCUUGAUGGAAACUGGUACAGGGGUCUGGCACAGCCUGUUCAGUCCCCUCUGCACUUCAGCGUGUUUUUUGUGGACUAUGGAAACACAAACGUAACUGAGAAAAUGAAUGUCAUGUUGCUGCUCAGAGACUCUGAACUGUUGUACAUACCCGUCCAGGCUUUGAGAUUAAAUCUUGCUGCUGUGUCACGAGACGUUCUCUAUGCAGAUGCCAAGGAGUGGCUUGAUGGCGCCAUCCUCAGUAAGCAAGUGAAAGCCGUCAUUGUCGGAAAGAGCGAAGAUGGCUCAUUUGAUGCGCGUUUGUUUGAUGGACAUGUUGACAUCAACAAAACAUUAGCAGAGCUCAUUCUCAGGCUUACACCGAAGCCAAAGGUGGUUGUUGGUGUUGACACAACUAAUAAGACAAAUUGUACAGCAGUCAACAAAAAGCAAAGAAAGACUGCAGCCAAGUACAUGGUGGAAUAUAAAAGAUGGUCUUCAAAUGCAUCAGCAAACACCAUGAAAACUUCACACAAAUACAAUGGUGAGCCUAGAAGACCAUCUUCAAACUGUCCUACCACUGUUGCCAUGAAGACAUCGGUCAAGAGCCAGUGGGAGCCUCAAAAAAGGUCUUCAGAUUGUUCUGCCAUUAAUACCAUGAAGACAUCGGUCAAGAGCCAAUGGGAGCCUCAAAAAAGGUCUUCAGAUUGUUCUGCCAUUAAUACCAUGAAGACAUCGGUCAAGAGCCAAUGGGAGCCUCAAAAAAGGUCUUCAGAUUCUUCUGCCAUUAAUACCACGAAGUCAUCAGUCAGGUACAAACUGGAACCUAGAACACCGUCUUCAAAUCUUCCCACUACUGAUUCCAUGAGUGCUUUCCACAAAACAGAAGAGAACCUGACAAACAGAAGUCCUGUGACAAUUCAAAGGAGGCGGAACAGUGAUACGGGCAGUAAGCUGGAACAGUCAAAACACACAAAUGAAGCAGAGACGCCACAGCUGUCAUGUUUGCCUGAGAGGAAAGUGAGUGCAGGGCAGUGUUACGUCUCUCACGUGAACACGGCCAGCGACUUUUUCCUUCAGCUGUCGGACGACGAAUCAGCCAUCUUGAAAAUGAGAGAAGAUCUCAACUCCCCUCAACGUCGAGAGUCCUUGAAGCUGACCACAUUGUUGGCGAUGAAAAUCAAUGACCUUGCUCUGACUGUGUACGAGGAGGAUGAUGCUCUGUAUCGUUGUGUCGUUAGGGAUUAUGUAGAAGAUUCCCGUUUCAAAGUUGAAUUUGUGGAUUAUGGGAACUCAGCAGUCGUGGGGACGGAGCAGCUAUACUGCAUAACAAAAGACUGUCUCUCUCAGCCACGAUUUAGCAUACCGUGCUGUCUGUCAGACACAUGUGCUUAUGAAAGCGAUGCUGCUUUCACCGAUGCUGUCAUGGAAAAGCCCCUGAUGGUCGACUUUGUCCGUCAGGUGGGAAGUCGCUGGGCAGUUCACAUCACGAUUCUUGAUGGAGCAGCUGGUUUAUCAUACGGAGCAGCGGACGAAAGUGGCAACGUGUCUAAAGAAGAGGAGAUUCCAUCAUUACCGGAAAUAAAGGAAUCCUGUGAGGAGCUCUUCAUCAGCAACGAAAUGCAACACAACCAAAAACCUGAGUCUGAAACAUCAGCUCCUUUCAAGGAGGAAAAGCUCAUAGUGACACCUUCACCUCCCACACAGCCGACCAAACUGAGAGUAAAACUGCGCAGCAGAAUCUGCGUACACACAAAAACCAGUAUCUGUAAAGGAAGGAUCCUCAAAUCUUCUCAAGUGAAGAGGAGCUCUGCAAGUGGCACUAUUCAAGCCAACGAGACAGCGAUUGGAAUAAUUCUGUCGGUCCUCAGAAAUGGUUGUUUUUAUGUCACACUUGUUAAAAACCGGGAGCAGUUUGUUACCUUAGAAAGUUCCAUUGCUGACAAUCUAUCCAGCUGCAACGUGGUGGCCGAAGAGGAUGUAAAAGAAGGGUUCAGGUACUUAGUUCAAGGAGACAAGAACCAGCAGUGGCACAGGGCUGUUGUUCAGCACACGAGUCGAGACAAAUGUGAAGUCAUCCUGGUUGAUUACGGAAUUACAGACAUAGUUUCUCACGGCUCCAUCCGACAACUUGGUGAAGACCUGACCAGAAUCCCAGACCUUGCAGUGCUUUGCAAGAUGAACAUGUUUGAGUUCAGUGAGAGGGAGGGUGCACACAAAUUGUGGUAUAAAUCUCUCAUGUCGUUGCAAGGCAAGGAAGUCAAGUUGGUGUUUGUGGAUUAUGUCAAAGCUGAUAACCUGUGGCUUGUCGAAAUAGUCAUUAAUGAACUGUUCCUCAUUUCUCAGAUCACAGAGUCACAGCAGCAAGGCAAAGAUGGAGUCCCACAAGUCACUAAAAUUCAAAAUGUGGCCACAAGUGGAGCAUCCACCUUGGAUCAGAGUCCUCAGAGGCUCUUCUUUGCACCAGUUCAUGUAGACCUGGCGUAUUGUGGAUUUGCUGGUGCAGUAAGAACUCCAUUUGAAUUCUGUGUUGUUCUGGAAGACUUACUUGUUCGUAUCAAAAAAGUGUCUGUCUUAUUGAAUGACCUCCCCGAGGAGCUGCCUCCUCUGUCUAAAGAGGAACUCAUCCCUGGCUCCUGCUGCCUGUUGAAAUCAGAAAACAAGAAGUGGUGCAGGGCUGAAAUCAUCCGUACGGACACCAUGGUGGAGCUGAACCUGGUGGAUUACGGUCAUUCUGUGUGCAUACAGUACAAGGACUACAAGCAGCUCAAGAGGCUUCCAGAGGAGCUGAUGGGACUUCCCAAGGUGGUGUACCCCUGCAGACUGAGGGGAGUGAAACCUGAUGGACUUCACAAACAAUGGACCGAAGAUGCACUGGUCUUCUUUCGGCAGCACUUGUACAGUGAUAUCCAGAUCUUCUUCAGAGAGUUUGUUUCAAACACACACUGGGAGGUGGACAUUCUAGCAGAUGGGAUCCAUGUCGCCAAGGAAAUGGUGGAUGCUGGACAUGCAAAGUAUGCGGACGUGUUGCUCGGACUGAGGUUCCAGAAACAGAGCGUCAUUAAAGUCCAGGCUUUUAGCGUCAGCGCAGCGGGGCAGCAUGAUCAUCAGGUAGCUGGUGAAGGAUGUGACGGGAAGUCGGGUCGUUCUCCUGCAGAACCAAACAACGUCAAGACAAGCGUGGCCCCCAGAGCUCGGUGUUUCCUGAUGUGACGUUUUGCUUUUACGAUGUGAAAAACGAGUGAAGUUCUGCAGCAGCAAUGAUCUUCUUAGAAAUACAAAACAUUUCAAUACAGAAACAUAAGUUCUGUGGUAGAUUUUUUUUCUUUUUGGUCCCAUUUGAAUUCAUUGAGACCAUCUCUCUUAGCUGAGAAAAGCAAGUUUAUAAUGUUGAUUUCAUACAAAU